ACCAAUUCAAGUUCACCGGUCACAACACUAAACAUGGCCUAUGACGAAAAUAUACCUCCUUUAGCCUCCUCCUACUCUGUACUGAGGCGCCGCUCAACUUCCACGCCUCGAUUCAGCCCAUUUUCAAACUCCAUCAUUCCAGGACUUCGGGCACAUCGGAUUGCUUUCGCCUGACAAACCGAUAGAAGCGGUUUCCUCUUUGACGCUCCCCAUUGUCCUCACAGAUUACCACCGGCACGUGCGUACUAAGCACAACCUCCUUGACCAAAUAUUCGAGAGACGCAAUCACCUGCCACGCAACGACGAUCACUGUACAACACCUCCCGAGCCUGACGACUGACAUCCUUCAUUGUCCUAUUGCUCCAUCCUAUCACCUUCCAUCCUGCCCAGAUCUCGCUCUCUUCCCUCUUUGAGGUAUUUCACAGCAAGAAACCAGCGUCACUCUCAGGCUGCGGGCCACAUGGCCUCGGCUGUGUGUGCGUCCCAGCUGUAAACAAAUGCACGCCGGCUCCUCUCCAGCACUGCAUACGCUAUCACAAUCUGAAAACUGGUUGAGACAAUUUCCUGAAUGCCCUGAGGACAAGAUUUGUCUUCGGUGGGACUGCGGCCUCCCGAGCGAUGGCUUCCACUGAUGAACGUCUCCCAUGUCGCUCGGAUACCAGCAGCUUGAGCGACAAUGGUGACUCGAGGCACCUCCAUCCAGCCAUGAGCAAUUCCAUAUCAAGAGAGGGCAGAAGCGUAAGACCACGAGGAUCUUCUAAUCCUUCGCUCGACUCGCACCAUUUCGAUCCCUCCAAAUAUCAUCAGGCCCGGCAACCUAUAAAUGAUGCCAUCACUUCUGCCUUCAAUAAUGCAGACGCAGCUUCUGCCGCGUCUAUUUCCCCAGAGCUAUUGCAACAGAUUACUACGCAGAUCACUGCCAAUGUCCUGCAACAGUUGAAGGGCAUCACCCUGUCUGCCCCAGCUCCUUCGGCACCUGUCCCUGGUCCGCAGGCAGACGUAGCCUCAUCAGCAACAGGAUCUCCUCCUCUCAAUCGUGCUACCGUCUACACUCCUCCGACACCGCAUCGCACCUCAGAAGACGCUGGGAUGAGUCAUUCCUCUCCUCAAUUUCCUCCUCCGCCACCACCACCACCACCACCACCACCAUCACAACAACAGUCAAAGGAGUCGGCUUUGCAGGGCGGGUUCCCCCCAGCUGAGAACCGGCCAGUCUCUCCCUUCAGCCAAGCUAGUCAUCAUUCUAUUAGUGAUGAUAAUCAAGAAAGAGUUGAUCGGCCUAGAGGGCCGAAAAGAGUUGAUACUGGGGGAGACGCUACAAUCUUGGAACGUGUAUGGGGCACCUUAUUUGAUGAGCAAGGCCAGGCCACUCCUCGCCUUGGACAGUUUCUUCGUGGAAUCGCUGUUCAUCUCGUCGAAGACUACGAGCCCAAAAACAGCUUGGUCGUUACCCCGACCAAGAUGCAGAAGUACUACGAAGCGACCAAAAUCUCCAACGAAACCUACCCCUGGAAAAUCGUCUUCGAUGACAGGACAUCCUCCAUUUCCCGAAUGUUCAGGGAGAUCGAAGCCGAACACCAUCUGGUUCAGGAGAAACUUGGCGAGAGACCAGACCUUCCUGGUCUGACACCACGAGGUUUCGAAACGUGGGCGACUUUGCUCCUCAAGGCACACCCAGAUCAGGAGUUUGAAAGAUUGGCAAAGACGGCGCUGGAUAUGCCCAUCAGCAACCCAGACGACAAAAAAGAGCGGUUUCCUAAGGAGAUCUCCAGGCGCCUUUUCCCUAGCCAUCCCGACACCGAGAUAGCCUACAAGCUUCAAAAAUCUAUGGCUACACACUGCAACGUCAACUACGCCUCUCAACAGGCCAGCACAGCAAGUGUGACAGAUCCCACUACAAGAGCCUCGCACCAGGGCCAAGCAGGUGAUGAUACACCAAAAUCCAAUCUGAAACCGGCCCCGGAAAACAAGGAACCAAUUCCAAGUGCACCUCAGCCCAGCCCAACCUUGUCUCAGACCAGUCAAGAUCGCACUCCACGACAACCAUACGUAAGCGACGCAUCUGACAAUGAGGAUAACGCGGUAGAGAAUUCUGAGGACAUGCCUACUCCGCAACCCAUUGAGCGAGAACGCAAGCCUUAUGUCGCUGCACCGGGGGGCGGAAAGACCUACGAGAGUGUUCGAGGACCCGGUGAUGCCACAGAGAUCAAAGCACCGCCGGGCCUUCCGCCACAGGAGGUGAAAAUAGGACGGUCGAACUCAUUUCAUACCGCGAAUCGUUACACUGACAACUCCAGAUCGAGCGCGCCUGCAGUUUCCAUUCACCAGAAGCCUCCGCCUCCACCUAUGGAUGCAGAAACACCUCGACAUUACCGCUCUAAUGGCACGUAUCAUCAUCGGGAACAACCCAGGCCCGGUCGCAAUCGUUCUCCUUCCAUGGGUAAGGAAAGCGGAUCUGCGUCAUAUGUACGAAAGCCUGACGCGGAAUCAGCCUAUGCCUCGUCACGUCACUCGUAUAGUGCGAACGACCCAUACGAAGAUGCCAGACGUUACAAGGAGUAUGAGGCGCAACGAGAACGACUGGCCAACGACCGAUACGAUGCCGCCAGGAUGGCAGCGUAUGACCCGAGGGAGCGUGAAAGAGAGAGACCGAGGGAUAACAGGCCACGCAUGCAAUCUGUGUCUGCUCAUGAUGGACGUGCUCCACCACCAUACUCAAGCUCGGUUCCCUUGGCUGAUGAGGACUUCUAUCGGGACCCGCGGCACGGAGGUAGUGCUUCAUCGUACAACACUCCUGUGUCUAUAAGUACUGGGUUUCAACCACCUCCGCCUCCCUCGGUGGUCAGAGAUGCCAACUCGGUUCCAAGAGAUGCCGCAUAUGGGUCUUACCCGUCGUCGGCAGGCUAUCCUCCCAGCAGCUAUCGAGAACUUCGCUAGCUUACGAACAGCGAGAUAUCUUUCAAGCUGACUCGUUGGAUUUUGAGAAAACAUGACCGACCUGUGACCGACACCAAGGAGAAUGAAUGACCUUUGAGAUGAUUUUUACAUUGUUUGUUUUCCCCCAAAGAGAUGAAAGGGGAUGCAGGACCUAAACACCCGCGUUGUUUUCUUUUCGUCAUGGCAUUUUUCCUUUGUUGUGUGCGAUAUCCCAUUUGCAAGCGAUGACUGUCUUUUUUUGUUUUUUGUUUUCACUUAGGUUUCCAUUGGAAGAAGAGCAUGUGAUGAUGGAUCUAGGGUGUAUGUAUCAUUUGAUGCUUUGAUGAAAGCAUUUCAGAUUGUAACAUUUGUGUUGAAUUCAAGUGUAUGGCACGAAACUGGCGUGCGUGUACACAUUUGCCAGCUUUUUUCUCUCUUUUUCUUUUUCUUGUGUGUGCGUGUGUUUUUGUGUUUUUCCUUUUCCUCAAUUCCAAACGUGUCAAGGAAGAAAUUGUAUUACUAGGCACCAUAUGUAUUUAUGUAUAUGUACUUACGACACGAAAUGCAAACAACACCAAAAAAAA